AUGGUAAAUUUAGUGUCAAAAGUGCUUAUUUUCUCGUUGUUCAACAGAAGUGGCAGUUUAGCGGGGGAGCAUUCAGGUAAAGAUGGGAUUAAAGGGGGUUUUCAUCAUAUAUGGAAGAUGGAAGUCCCUGUAACUGUGAAGACUUUUAUCUGGAAAGCUAUUCAUGAAGGGCUACCUACAAGGAAGAAUUUGGCUAGGCGUGGGGUUGUCGAUUCAGCUUUGUGUCCCAUCUGCAAACAGGUUGAAGAGACUACUUGUCAUGUGGUAUGGAGUUGUAUGGCUGCCUCUGAUGUAUGGGCAGAUCAGUUCAGCGUGGUUCAGAAGUGGGAUAGUAGAGAUAUGAAUUUCUGCAGUUUGUGGGAGCUGUUAACUACAGGCUUAUGUCUAAAACAACUUGAACAGGUUGCAUGUGUGAUGAGGAGGAUUUGGCUUAGGCAAAAUCAGUUUAUUUUUGAAGGAAAGUUUGCUGACCCCAAGACUGUUUAUAGUAGCGUUGGCACGUUGAAGCUUAAUUGGGAUGCUGGUAUAGAGGUGGAAGCUGGCCGAAUGGGUGCAAGUAUUCUGGUUAGGGAUUCGACGGGUGAGGUGAUUGCUGUUAUGGCAAAGGUUCAGGAGUCAGUAUUUCAACCAGUUUUAGCAGAGUUGUUAGCUUUGUGGAGAGCUGUAACUUUCUGUUUGGAACUUGGACUCACAGCUGUAGUGUUUGAAGGGGAUGCCCAGAGUUCAAUCAAGGAGAUUAAUAGCUCAGAUGAAAACUGCAAAUGGUAUGGACAGAUUUUGGAAGAUGUUAAAAGCAUUCUUAUGGACAAAUCUUCGUGGAGAGUACAGUAUGUGUCCAGAAAAAGUAAUCAAGCUGCUCACCAUUUAGGAAAGUUUGCUUUAAAGUAUGUUGAAGAUGAAAUAGUGUGGAUGGAAGAGGUUCCGGAAUGUAUUUAUUCUUUUAUUGCUGCUGAUAGACAAUGUAAUGCUUGA